GAAGUUUCGUAAUAGUAGGUGCGUACCCUUAGAUUUCCAUUGACACGCACCAAAUUAAGGUCGUUGAAGUCAAUCUUCUAUAAUCUCUAUUUCCUACAUACAAAACCCAGAAAGUAAUAAUAGCUUUUUCUCUUCCCACACACUUAAGAAAGAAGUAGUAAGAAGCUGCUAAUAAGUGGUAUCUGCAAUGGGAUCAGACUCUCUUUCACUCAACACUCAACACUCAUCCACUUCUAUUUCCAAAUCCACACAUCUUUUUCAUACGGAAGAUGCGUCUUCUUCAAUAAUGUAAAGCUCCUUCAGAUGAUAGUUACACUACUUAGCAUGGAAGUGGCAACUCGUCGAUUUCAUAGAUAUAUUUUCUCAUCAUCUCAUGCAUGUUCAGUGUAAUUGGCGUGUGUGCGUUUUGUGCGCGUGGGCCUUUUUUGUUUCCCACGCACGCGCAGUAAUAAGCAGCAUUUGAAAGAAAGCGUUGUUGCGGUUGUUGAUGUUAUCGGCUGGUAUUGGCAUUCGAAUUCGCAUUGGGAUUUGCAAAUAUGACCAACGGCCACAUAACCGUAACCGUCGACACCAGGCAUUCUGACGCCACCGAACAGCGACGCACUCCUCCUCCUCCUCCUGCUGCUGCUGCUUCCGCUGCCGUCAAUCUCGAUUAUGACGACGACGACCACAACGACGACGACGAUGUUGCAGAUCCAAAUGAUCCUUUCGAUAUUCAACACACCAAGCAUGCGCCCAUCGAGACCCUCCGCCGUUGGAGACAAGCAGCACUCGUGCUCAAUGCAUCAAGGCGCUUUAGAUAUACCUUGGACCUAAAAAAGGAAGAGGAGAGACAGCAAAAGAAAAGCUUGAUUAGAGCCCAUGCACAAGUCAUAAGAGCAGCAUUGCUUUUCAGAUUGGCUGGUGAACGUGAAUUAGUGAUAACAGCACCGACACCUGCACAUCCAGUUGGUGACUUUGGAAUUGGGCUCGAACAACUUUCUUCAGUUUCUAAGGAGCAGAACACUUCUGCUUUAGAAGAAUAUGGAGGGGUCAAGGGCUUAUCAAAUUUAUUAAGGUCAAAUCUCGAUAAAGGAAUUAGUGGAGAUGAUGCUGAUUUACUAAAAAGGAAAAAUGCUUAUGGAACUAACACAUAUCCUCGGAAAAAAGGAAGAAGCUUCUGGAGGUUUUUAUGGGAAGCAUGGCAAGAUCUAACUCUUAUAAUAUUGAUUAUAGCAGCAGUUGUCUCAUUGGUGCUUGGAAUAAAAACAGAGGGUUUGAGUGAAGGAUGGUAUGAUGGGGGAAGCAUUGCUUUUGCGGUUUUUCUGGUCAUUGUAGUUACAGCUGUCAGUGAUUAUCGGCAAUCUCUGCAGUUUAAGAAUUUGAAUGCAGAGAAACAAAAUAUACAGUUGGAGGUCAUGAGAGGUGGCAGAACAGUUAAAUUGUCGAUAUUUGACAUUGUUGUUGGUGAUGUAGUACCGCUUAAAAUAGGAGAUCAGUCCAGUAUGACGGGUGAAAGCAAAAUUGUUCACAAGGAUCACAAAUCACCCUUUUUGAUGUCUGGUUGCAAAGUGGCUGAUGGAGUUGGAGUUAUGCUGGUAACUGGUGUUGGUAUAAAUACAGAGUGGGGAUUGUUGAUGGCAAGUAUCUCAGAGGAUAAUGGAGAAGAGACUCCAUUGCAGGUACGUUUGAAUGGAGUAGCAACUUUUAUUGGUGUAGUUGGGCUUUCUGUAGCUGUUUUAGUGCUAGCAGUCCUCUUGGGCAGAUACUUUUCUGGCCAUUCUACUGAUGAUGAUGGAAACGUGGAAUUUGUUGCCGGAAAAACUAAAGCAAGUACUGCAGUUGAUGGCGUCAUCAAAAUUUUCACCAUUGCAGUUACCAUUGUGGUUGUCGCAGUGCCUGAAGGUCUACCUUUGGCUGUUACCUUAACCCUGGCAUACUCAAUGCGGAAAAUGAUGAGAGACAAAGCCCUGGUUCGGAGGCUGUCAGCCUGUGAAACUAUGGGCUCUGCGACAACAAUAUGCAGUGAUAAGACAGGAACAUUGACCUUAAAUCAGAUGACUGUAGUUGAGGCAUAUGUUGGAAGGAACAAAUUAAAUCCACCAGAUGACUCAUCAAAGUUAAAUCCGGAAGUUUUAUCCUUGAUAAACGAGGGCAUUGCCCAGAAUACUACUGGAAAUGUUUUUGUGCCUAAGGAAGGGGGAGAGGCAGAGAUUUCAGGAUCUCCUACAGAGAAGGCAAUUCUUUCAUGGGCAGUAAAGUUGGGUAUGAAUUUCAGUCUUCUCAGAUCAAAUACGACAGUUCUCCAUGUCUUCCCCUUUAAUUCCGAGAAAAAAAGAGGCGGUGUUGCUGUGAAGCUGGAGGGCUCUGGAGUACAUAUACAUUGGAAAGGAGCUGCAGAAAUACUUCUUGGAGCAUGUACGCAAUAUCUUGAUUCAGAUGGUCAUUUGCAAUCCAUUGAGGGAGAGAAGGUAGCUUUCAAGGAGGCUAUUGAUAACAUGGCUGCUCGCAGCUUGCGUUGUGUUGCCAUUGCUUACAGAUCAUAUGAAUUAGACAAAGUUCCAUCUAAUGAAGAUGAUUUGGCCCAAUGGUCGUUACCAGAAAAUGAUCUUGUUUUGCUUGCUAUUGUUGGAAUAAAGGAUCCUUGUCGCCCUGGUGUCAAAGAAGCAGUGGAACUAUGCUCUAAAGCUGGUGUCAAGGUACGCAUGGUUACCGGAGACAACCUUCAAACAGCAAGGGCAAUAGCUUUGGAGUGUGGGAUACUUACUUCAAAUGAGGAAGCUGUUGAACCAGUUAUAAUUGAAGGGAAGAAAUUCCGUGCACUAAGCGAAAAAGAAAGGGAACAGAUUGCUAAGAAAAUAACGGUCAUGGGGAGGUCUUCUCCUAAUGACAAGCUUUUGCUUGUGCAAGCUCUACGUAAAGGAGGUGAAGUUGUUGCCGUCACAGGAGAUGGAACCAAUGAUGCCCCUGCACUUCACGAGGCAGAUAUUGGUCUUUCUAUGGGCAUCCAAGGAACUGAAGUUGCAAAAGAAAGCUCAGAUAUUAUAAUCCUGGAUGAUAACUUUGCGUCAGUAGUAAAGGUUGUCCGGUGGGGACGUUCUGUUUAUGCAAAUAUUCAGAAAUUCAUCCAGUUCCAGCUUACUGUUAAUGUUGCUGCUCUUGUAAUUAAUGUUGUUGCAGCAAUAUCCUCUGGUGAUGUUCCUUUGAAUGCAGUACAGCUUCUGUGGGUCAACCUUAUCAUGGACACACUUGGGGCGCUUGCACUGGCCACUGAACCACCAACGGACAGCCUUAUGCGCAGAGCACCUGUUGGGCGAAGGGAACCUCUUAUAACGAAUGUCAUGUGGAGAAACUUGGUUGUACAGGCUGUCUAUCAAGUUACUGUUCUUCUGGUUCUGAACUUCGCUGGUGAAAGUUUCAUACCUAAGCAAGAAACUAAAUCCCUUGACAGUCAAACCAAGAACACUUUAAUAUUCAAUGCAUUCGUCCUGUGCCAAAUAUUCAACGAGUUCAAUGCUCGGAAACCAGAAGGAAUGAAUGUAUUCCAAGGGGUGACUAAGAACCGUCUUUUCAUGGGAAUUGUUGGAAUGACCUUUAUCCUUCAGAUAAUUAUCAUCGAGUUCCUUGGAAAGUUCACCACAACAGUGAAACUUGAUUGGAAGCUGUGGAUUGCUUCUCUUGUUAUUGGCAUUGUCAGCUGGCCUCUUGCUGUUGCCGGAAAACUCAUUCCGGUUCCCAAAACACCAUUGUCACGCUGCUUAGCCAAGCCACUUAGAAGAUGGAGAAGGUCUCGCGCACAAAGUCAACUGAACACCCCCAGCACUAAUUUUUCACGUUAAGCUAACUCCUGACAAGAAAAGCAACUAUAAUUCAGCAUUACUACUAAUUAAUCCCUUCUUGUAUUUUCAAUGUGUUUAACUGUAUAUUAAAUGUAUCAUUAGCCAUCAUCAUUUCACAAUGUCCCGAAGGGAUUCAAACGCAAGUAUGGCAACGAUUUAAAGUGUUGUGCCUUUUCCUUUUCUAAUACUUAUGGGUGAAGAUGUACAUUAUAACAUUUCUAGAUAAUGUUAGAAUUACUAGCUGCUAGUUCAUGAAU